AGCGAUAGAUCCACCGGAGAAACUGGAUAAAUAAACCCGUUUACCGACAGAAGAAAUACUAAUUUAAGCUUUAUUAUAAAUGAUAGCCACUCCAAACACCACCCAGCUACCUUAAUGCUACAUCUAGCGGCCGUAUUGUGUGUGUGUGUGUUUGUUUAGCCCUCUAUCUGCUCUCCAAACACUCCGCCUUUGUGGCGAUGAGUGCGGACUUACUAUCUGAUCUGGACAGCCGCUUCUUCGCUGAUAACCUCCUGACAAGCGAAGACUGGGAUGCGUGUCUGUACCAGUGUGAGAGCAUGGAGGAGGGCGAGGACGCCGACUUCAGCCGGCGGUUGAAAUACGAAGCGCCGUUCGACAACGACCUGGUGCUCACCCUUGAUCCUGACAACCCCACGUCUCCAUGGCGACACCUUGACGACAACCUUCUCACAGGAGAAGCUCCUGUGAUAAAGAACGAGAUGACCAUCACUCAGCCGUUACCGGUGGAGAUGUUGUUCCAGGUGAAAGCGGAGCCUCUCUCUCCGGCGUCCUCGCUCGCCUCCGACUGCUCUGCAUCCUCACCAGACCCACAGAUCACAGUGAAAGGUGAAAACCCUCCGACUCCUCCCUACAUGUACGGGGACGUGCUGUCCCCCCCGCUGGGCUCCAUGGAGGUCACCGUGGCAACCACAGCCGUCCCCACAGCACAGACGCCGCUACAGACGCCGCUAACAACACAGAUCCCCGCGGUCAUCAGCGGGAUCCAGACGCAGCCUGCAGUCCUGCCCGGUUCGGCCUCGUUGAAGGCGAGCACCAUCCUGAGCACCAAACCUCCCAUCCAGCCCAGACCGCUGUGUGUGGCCGCCCUGCCCGUCCCCCAGACCCCCACACCGGCCAAGACCCUCAUCCUGCAGGGCCUGCCCCCCAUGGACCAGACCAGACCCGUGGUCUUGUCCCAGUCGGUGUGUCUUGGUUCGGCUCCAGCCAUCGUGAAGAUGGAGCCGGUUUCUCCCAGCAUCCCUCAGCACGGCUCCAGCCCCACGGCCCCGCCCACCAGCAAGCCCAUCGUCCCCGCCACGCCGCCGCUGCCCGGCAACAACGCCAAUGACAUCGACAUGAAGGUGCUGAAGCGGCAGCAGAGGAUGAUAAAGAACCGCGAGUCGGCAUGCCAGUCGAGGAAGAAGAAGAAGGAGUACCUGCAGAACCUGGAGGCUCAGCUGAGGGAGGCGCAGCAGGAGAACGAGCGCCUCCGCCGGGAGAACCAGGCGCUGAGGGAGAGGCUGGCCGGGAAGGAGGGCGGCGACUCGGCGAGCAACAAGAGAGCCGUGUGUGUGAUGGCCGUGCUGCUCUUCAUGACCUUCAGCUUCGGACCCGUCAGCAUCACAGACAGGAAGCUGUCGGGCCUGCAGGACGGCGUGGUGUCGUAUACGGGACGCCGGCUGCUGGAGAUCGGACAACAACAACAACAACAACAACAACAACAACAACGACAGCAGCAGCAGCAGGCGGCGGUUCGUCCUCCGAGCAGAGAGGAGGACAAGACGGAGACGGAGGAGGACGGAGCAGACGAGGCUGCAGAGUCCUUCCAGUUCAGGAACCUGAGCGAUGUGUUCAGUGACAUGAAGGAUCUGGUCCUGCAGGACAUCGAUCGUUACUUCAGCUCCUCUGACUGCAGACAGUUCAACCGCUCCGAGUCUCUCAGGCUGGCUGACGAGCUGCGUGGUUGGGUCCAGAGACACCAGAUCGACAGGAAGAAAUCUGGAGGGAAACCAAAGAUCGCCAAGAAGGCAAAGAUCGCUCAGAAAGCUCAGCUGAGGAAGACGAACUUCUCCAGAUAUCUGCCCAUCCAGGCUCACCGCUCCAUAGAGAGUCAGCUGCAGGUUCUUCCUGGUCCUGAAGUCACAUACAGCGACUUCAUGGACGCCAUCGACCGCCGAGAGGACACCUUCUACGUGGUCUCCUUCAGACGGGAUCACCUCCUGCUACCGGCCAUCAGCCACAACAAGACCAGCCGACCCAAGAUGUCUCUGGUGAUGCCCGCCAUGUCUGUCAACGAGAGUCUCUAUAACUCGUCUCAGGGCUACGAGAUGAUGAUGCAGGUGGACUGUGAGGUCAUGGACACUCGCAUCGUCCCCAUAAAGUCGUCGGCCGUCCCGCCGUCCCUCCGCGACCCGCCCCCCCCCCCCCCUCCUCCUCCUCCCACCACCACCAUCACCACGGCAACCACACCUCGCUGCGAGGGCGCCACCACCACCAUCACCACCACCACCCGUCCUCCGCCCGCCCGCUCCCCGCCCGGCAACAGGGGGCAGAAUAUCUCAUCAGCCAAUCAGAAGGCGUGUGAAGAAAAGGGGGCGGGACAAAGCGGUAACACACACUAAAGUUUAUUUCUGGGAACCAAAAAUCUGAGAAAAAACCUCCACGAAACACCUGCAAAAAGGAUUUUAAUUGCCGGAGACGUUACUGUCGCUAUACUCGGGUUGGAAAACUUCCAUAAAAAGCCUCUAAAGAAAGAUCUUGUCCUAAUAUAUAAGAAUAUAUUUGUAAAAAAGUCGGAUGCAGACCCGGCAGCACAGCGCACUUAGAGAUAAUUCUGCGUUUUUUAUUAAUAUUUAAUUGUGAAAGUGUACAGUUUGGAUGAAUUAGGAGGCUGCAGAGAGAGAAAAACCUGAUAUUUCUAUCAGCAAUAAACCAGUUUAUUAAUAAACGAGGUUGAAGUUGUGGCUGCUGCUGCUGCGACUCUCUGCUCUCAGUGGUUUCUGUGGAGUUUCUGUUUUUUCAUCAUGUCGUCUGAACGCUGCAUGAAGCUCGAUCUCAGUGGGAGAAAACGUGUCUGAAACCAUAAAAAAUGCAUCAAAAUGCAGAUAUAUUAUUUAUAAUUUAUCAUAUAAUAUACAUGAAGUGAGCAGGAGCAGCUUUUUCAAAAUAAAACUUAUUUUUUUAUCAUCAAACAUGCAGUAAAUAAAGUCAAUAAAUCUGUGAUCAGCUGGUAAAAUAAACAUCUUUUUAUUCCUGACAGAAGCUUCAACAGCUGAAACUUUAAAGGUUUUUCUUAUAAUAAGGUGAGCUGGAACAAAUAAUCGACUGAUUUUGUUAAUUUGUUAAUAAUUUCUGUC